GCAAAGUAUGGUGGUAUGGGAAAUAAAGUAUUGAGGAAUUGGUGGUAGUUAAGGUCAAGGGUCCCCUGGGCUGAUUGGGUUGCUAGGAGACCAAGUGAGUAGAGCUUAGCCUUCUAACUGGCAGCAAUUGGAUAAAAACAAUUAUUCCUCUCCCUCUAAUUAGGACUUUAUUUUUCUUUUCUUUUUGUUGUAUCAACCUAGAGGCAUGGAUGAGGGGUUGUGCUGUCAAUUUUCGAGGUUGUGGGGUGUUUACUUUUGUUGUUUUGUCCGCUGCCGUGAUGCCAUCACUCUUUUAUAUAUAUAGAUAUAUAGAUAUAUAUAUAUACACACACAAUGAUGGAUCUGGAACAAACUUGGCACCCAUACUCAAUAUGCCCAAAUGUGAACACUGGUGGAGUUUGGGGAAAAUAGACCUUGACAUUUGGGAGUUGUAGUUGAUGGGAUUUAUAGUUCGCCUACAAUCAAACAACUUCUUGAAUCCCACUAAUGAUCAAAUUGGGCACUUGUAUAAAUGUCUCUAUAUACCCAUGGCCUUUAUAUCUGAUGUGAGAGAGCAAACUCUACUGACAUCCUCUCCGGUGGAAGUGAGUAAACCCUCCAUCCUUUGCCUCCAUCCCGUUUGUGUCUUGUUCGAUCCUUCGGAGACGAGACACGCCGGGACUCUGUACCCGCAAAUCCACGGAGGCUGAAGUCACUUCCCAUCCCGAGGAAGAUGGAUGAUUGUCAUUUCAAUAAAUACAGACGAACCCGCAAUGCUCUCCGGGCUGGCAAUCCAAGAUGGAAGGCGCUCUUGCACAACUGUUGUUGCAUUGAGAUUGCCCGAUUUUGUAAAGGUCAACCACCCGUUGAUUUCUGUGUUAGAAGUCCCUCGGAGUGUUAAGGAAAUACUUAGAUAUUUGACAUUUUUUUAGGCCCGGCUUCCUCAUUCUGGUGCUCGAAAUACACACAAAGGGGAUUCUACGGGGAAGCAACGGGAGGCAGGAACGAGUUGCAAGAUCCAGUUUUGUGAGAUUUCAGGGAUUUUCCGGUCUUGAAAAGACACACAUUGCUGUGUUUCGAUCCGUGAAUAAAAAAAAUCAGUUACAAUUACAUAUUCCAACAAGACUGACAACAGACCUCGUAAAACUACAGCUCACCUGAUUCAAGGCACGGAGCCGAGUGCUGUCGAUCUGCAUUAUUAUUACAAUAUAGACCAAUCCGUUGAUAGGACAACUCUAAUUUACGUUGUUGGGUUAUCCAAAAAAUCCAAAAAAUUGCGUUCGAGCAAUAUCCGAGGGUGCCUCUACACUAUAAUUAAAGCACUUCGAUAUCACUUUAACAGCUAUAAUAAUGAUUAUUAUUGUUAUUAUUAUUAUUAUUGCCAUGGCUCAAUGCUACGGAAUAUCGAGCACAUUCUCGGGCAGCGAAGGACGAAGACCCAGUCAAAUCGGAACUCAAAGUGCAUUAAAUGAACAGUGUAGACACUCCUCUGGUCUACCUUCCGUCACUUGGGGAAAUGGGGAAAAACUGAAAAGAAAAAGAAAACCUGAUGUCAAUAGAAGAAGAUCCAGUUUUGCCUCGUGUUUGUACUUGGAAGGAGUGGUUUCCCCAGAGUGUAUAUAAGUCGUGCCAGUCUUUCCAAACUUUGUGUGCCGAAAAUAAUAAGAGACGUCCGUAGGACCUUCUCCAGACAAGAACCACGAUGAAGCCUCAAUGUUUGCUUCUCGUGAUCCUUCUCGUCCUUCCAACAAGGGCUUCUUCUUGCGUGACCCGUUGGUUCGAUCGGGACGACCCGUCAGGAGUGGGAGACUUCGAAACCACUGUCGACUUGAGGAAGGAGUAUCCCGGGCAGAUUUGCUCAAAUCCCAUUGAGAUCGAAGCCCAGACCGUGGACGGGAUCCCCGCAGGAAACACAGGACAGAUAUUUAAUCCGUUCAACGCCGCGGAAGGAUUCGCUUGUGUCAACGCGGCGCAGAAAACCGGUUCCUGCCGGGAUUACAGAGUCCGCUUCACCUGCCCUCCGGAGUUCUGCUCAGGAUGCACAACACGUUGGUUCGACCGGGACGACCCGUCAGGAGUGGGAGACUUCGAAACCACCGUCGACUUGAAGAAGGAGUAUCCCGGGCAGAUUUGCUCGGAUCCCAUUGGGAUCGAAGCCCAGACCGUGGACGGGAUCCCCGCAGGAAACACAGGACAGAUAUUUAAUCCGUUCAACGCCGCGGAAGGAUUCGCUUGUGUCAACGCGGCGCAGAAAACCGGUUCCUGCCGGGAUUACAGAGUCCGCUUCACCUGCCCUCCGGAGUUCUGCUCAGGAUGCACAACACGUUGGUUCGACCGGGACGACCCGUCGGGGAAGGGAGACUACGAACUCACCGCCGAUCUCAGGAAAGAAUAUCCGAACGGGAUCUGCGCCGAACCCGUAGCCAUCAGUGUCCAGACGCUGGACGGGACUCCGGCCUCCCAGACUGGACAGACGUUUGCUGUGUUCGACGCCACGGAAGGCUUUGCCUGCGUCAACCAGGACCAGGUGUCGGAGGGAAAGUCCUGCCGGGACUACAAGGUCCGGUUCAGCUGCCCCAAGAGCUUCUGCUGAGGAGACCAAAAGUGGGAUCCGAAGGCAUGACGAAGAGGAUCCCAUCAACCGUUGCAAUGGUUGGCAAUAAAGGCAUGAGAAAGACCAAAAAAA